UUUUUAUUACUUUUUUUGUAUAGAUAAUACAUAAUAAUACCGACCUGCAAAAAAUGGCGAACGCUGGGUAUUUCGGAGAAAAAGGGGGUAUAAUGAAGAUAGUCGAAAUACUCCUUGCCAUAUCGAUUAUAGCUAUUAUGGAAUCUACUUUUUCGGGAUUCGGUUGUAAAAUUUAUAUGGCCCUAGUGGGCCUGAUAGUAUCUUUGAUUAUUCUGUUGGUGAACAUCCUGGUGGAACCAGAUUGGCCGUGGCAUUGCUGGAUUCUCAUCAUCGUCGGCAUCUUCUGCUUGAUCGACGGUUUCUUCGAUAUGAUCGAUAUGAUAAUAAACACUUAUUAUUUCUAUCGAAAUAUCGACGAAGUUUUCUUUAUCAUCGCCUUCAUUUUGAAGAUUAUUUUAGGGGUAGUGUAUGUAUUCGAUGGCUUAUUGACCAGGGGUGGUGGUGAAUAGUUCACUUACCAGGGGUAUAACCUGUACACAUGUUUAUAUUGGUUUUAUUAAAAAUAUAGUGUAAAAUAAUGCGUUAAAGAGAUAAUUUUAUAAGGAAAGAGUAGUCCUAUAUUUUAGGUGCAAUAAACUGCUUUUAU